AUGAGCGACCAUUCGCCGCUCACAUGGGCGGUUAUUUCCGGUUCUCCUCCGGAACCUGAAGCGACAAUACAACGGACGGGCGUUAAGGCGCACAUCUUUUGUACGAAUGUUGCCAAAUUGAUAUCACGGCUGCCCACCUCGUGGGAAACAGCUGAUGAUAUCGAACGCACCGGUGAUGACCUAUUCAAUGGCAUCACGGCAGAAUGGAAAGCUGGGGCGGCCAAACCUGAUCGCACCGGACGCUCCAAAUCUUGGUGGAACCUUGAAUGCAGUAACGCAAGCAAGGCCGUCAGAAAAGUGCGCAAACAGUGCAAAAUCUCACGUGCAAUGGUCCACCAUGCACGGAACACGCUCGGGAACCAAUCCCAGCAAUUCCGACUCUAUUAUGAGUGGCACGAACAUGUGCAACAGCGCCUCAAGCAGACGCUCAAAUGGGUUCGAGCGGCGUCACGCCGCGCGAAGCGCACCUUCUUUGACAACGUGUUGUCGAAGGCCCACCCUCAGCUCAUCUCCAAUUUUGUGAGUUGGGCUAAACCGAGACGGUUAGACGCCGGUGCGCAAAUUAAGCGCGCUGACGGCACGCCGAUCAAUUCACAAGCGGAACUCCAAGAGGAGUUCCGUGAACAAUUUACGCCUUCCGUCCCGAAGGCAAUUGAUGAGUCAAUCCUGGAGGAACUUCGGUCCUUUGAGAAGCGCUCAUUCCCGGAUAUCUCCAAUGAGGAGAUAUCAGAGAACUUGGCAGACACGUCGAACACGUCUGUCGGGGGUGAAGAUCAUGUUAAUUGGGAAUGG